CGACAAGGUUUACUGCGCGAUGGUCAAGUCAUAUUUAAAGUUUGAGCACAGCAAGACCUUCGGCCAGAUCUGUACCGCCUCUGCCAACGUCGUAUGGGAUCCUUCUGGCGGCGAUGAUACGACAGGCAGAGGUGGGGCAGGUGUCGCUUACGUCGGAGCGAACGAAGAUGUCUUGGUGUGGGACCUGAAGAAAGCCGAAAGAGUCGGGAUAUGGACUGUCCAGGACAAUACCGCUGUGGUAACGGUGAUUUGCAGAAGUGAGACCGAUCCGGAUGUCUUCGCAGUCGGCUACGAAGAUGGCAAAAUACGGAUCUGGGAUUCUCGCACAGCCACGGUGGUGAUCACGUUCAAUGGGCACAAGACUGCCAUUACAUACCUCAAAUUCGACCGGUCCGGUGCAAGGCUGGCGAGUGGGUCGAAGGAUACGGACAUUAUCCUCUGGGACUUGGUCGCGGAAGUCGGCCUCUAUCGUUUACGAGGUCACAAAGACAAGAUCACUUCCCUCAAUUUCUUGACCGCCGCCGACGCGCAAGCCACGAACGGGGCAGAUACAGCCGAGGCAGCCGAAGACGACACCUCCGACACCUUCCUUUUAUCGACCAGCAAAGACGCCCUGAUCAAGGUCUGGGAUCUUUCGACACAACACUGUAUCGAAACCCAGGUGACGCAAACAAAUGGUGAAUGCUGGGCAUUGGGCCUUAUGCAAGAUGGGACCAGCUGCAUGACCGCCGGCAAUGACGGUGAACUUAAAGUGUGGUUGAUCAAUCAAACUGCAAUGCAGCAAAAACUUCAGAACAGCGAGGAAAUUGCACAAAAUGUCCUCGUGGAGCGCGGAACGCUGUAUCGGCAGGGACGUGACCGUCCUUUAGCCGUCAGAUUCCACCAACGGCGGGAGCUGAUCGCUGUCCAUGGCUCCGAUAAGACAGUCGAAUUGCUACGGAUACGAUCCGAGAACGAGGUACGGAGGACUCUAGUACGCAAGCGCAAGAGAAGGCAAGAGAAAGCAGAGACAGCCGCUGAUGCCGACUCAGGCGUCGAUGUGGCGGACCAUAAAGAAGACACCACGGAUAUCUCGACGGCGUCAGCUGCAGACUUUUUCGUGCCGUACAUCCUGGUACGUACGGGUGGGAAAGUCAGAUCAAUAGACUGGGCUGGACACAAUCGUGGAAAACCGGUUCAGAUCCUCGUGGCGACGUCGAACAACCAGCUCGAGCUAUUUGAUAUUACCGCCUCCGACAGCAAGAAGACGGCCGAAGCGCCAGACUACAGUCGAACACUUUCCGUGGACAUGCCAGGACACCGGUCGGAUAUUCGGUGUGUUGCCCUCAGUUCAGAUGACAGGAUGCUGGCGACGGCGUCCCACGGCAGCUUGAAAAUCUGGAAUACUAGGACCCAGAGUUGUCUGCGCACGCUCGACUGUGGAUAUGCACUCUGUAUGGCCUUCUUGCCGGGAGACAAGAUUGUUGUGGUGGGAACCCGAGAGGGGACGCUGGAAGUCUUUGACAUUGCGGCGUCGACAUUGCUUGACACCAUCAAUGCUCAUGAACGGGACAUCUGGUCGCUAAAAGUCAGCCCGGACGGAAAGUCUCUGGUCACCGGAUCGGCAGACAAAAGCGCCAAAUUCUGGCAAUUCAAGGUGGUGCAAGAAGAGGUGUUAGGGACGACUCGCAAGAAUUCGAAGCUCACACUCGUCCACUCACGAACAUUGAAGGUUACCGACGACAUUCUUAGCGUUUGCUUCUCUCCUGAUGAACGGUUACUGGCGGUCAGCACGCUCGACAACACUGUCAAGGUGUUUUUCGUUGACUCACUCAAGCUUUUCUUGUCACUUUACGGACACAAGCUGCCUGUGUUGAGCAUGGACAUUAGCUACGAUAGCAAGCUUAUUGUCACCUCCAGCGCAGACAAGAACGUUCGAGUAUGGGGCCUGGAUUUUGGCGAUUGUCACAAGGCCUUUUUUGCCCAUCAGGACAGCAUCUUGUCUGUAUUAUUUGUCCCCAACAACAAUGAAGGAAAUGGCCACCACUUUUUUUCUGCGUCAAAAGACAAAGUGAUCAAGUAUUAUGACGCAGACAAGUUCGAGCAGAUUCAGAAGCUGGAAGGUCAUCAUGGUGAGAUUUGGGCUAUGGCGGUAGCUCAUUCUGGUGAUUUCUUGGUUAGUGCCAGCCACGACAAAAGCAUCAGGAUAUGGCAGCAGACGGACGAGCAGAUCUUCCUCGAAGAAGAGCGAGAAAAAGAGCUCGAAGAAUUGUACGAGAACACCCUUCUCACAUCCUUGGAAAAAGAUGAAGAACAGGCCAACGGUGACGAUGAGCUCGAGGCAACGACUGCUGGGAAGCAAACUGCGCAGACACUGAUGGCUGGUGAGAGGAUUGCGGAAGCCCUGGAACUCGGGUACGAAGAUCUCAAACUCAUGCAAGGGUAUGAGAAGGAAAAACGGACCAAUCCUAAAACUGCACUUCCACAGCGAGAUCCUGUCUUUUUGGCCAACAACAAUGUCUCUGCAUCUGUGUAUGUGCUCAACGUCUUCCAGAGGAUACCUUCAGCAUCCCUGCAGGAUGCACUUCUGGUGUUAUCGUUCUCUCAACUUCCAGUUCUGUUCACCUUUCUUGCUCUAUGGGCAAAAGAAGGUCGAAAUAUCCCUUUGACCUGCAGAAUCUUGUUCUUCAUGCUGAAGACUCAUCAGAAGCAGAUUGUGAGCAGCCAAGCGUUGAGAAUCACGUUAGAAGAGGUGCGUGACCGCUUACGGCAUACUCUGCAAAAGCAAAAGCAUGAUCUGGGUUUCAAUCUUGCGGGCUUGAGAGUGCUCGGUCGCAGGGUGAGAGAACUUGGCGAGAGCGAUUAUGUCGACGAGACGACCUGGCAGGACACUACAGUCAACACGGCUCGAGGCACGAAAAGAGGGUUCGUGACCGUGGCCUGAGAUCAUUUUGGACGGGCAAUGUUGUUGUGCAUGCUGAUGACUUAUGAGAUCGUGUUCGGGCGCAAGACUAUUGAUUGACAAUGCGUUCGAUCAUCCCCCAGUCCUGCAAACUAAUAAAGUGUAUAAUGUUUUGUGACCUGCAUUUUUGCGCACCUUAUGAGCGUUGAUCUGCCGAUCCGCGAAUGUCAGAUACGCGAAGAAAUAGAUCGUGCCUAUCGGAGCAACCCAGUAUGCAACAGCAGCAGGGGGAAUAAACCUUCACUUUGACUUGAGCCACAAUCUCCGGCAUCAGUCUAAGUUUCGGCAGAUGCAAUCAUCACUUCUCGAUAGACUGGUCUUCAUCCCGGCCUGUUGAGGUUACGAAUAUGCCAAGCCAGAGGAUGAGGCAAUGCUUCCGGGGGUGGAGACGUAAUGCUUGCAAAAGGUUGAGUUUUGCGUUUCAUUAUUGUAUCGUCAACCCGGCAAGGAGGCUGC